UAUGAAAUAGAGAUUGUAAUGGGGAUUAUGCUUGGAAAUUAAUCAAUUGUUAUCUCUUUACUUUCAAUUCUCUCUCCACCCUCUCUGCACUUAUUCUUCCUUCUGCAUAUUCUUUUUUUCUUCUUCUUUCUCUUGCAAUUCUGUUUGCUAUUCCCUUUUCUCUGCUUUUGUUCAGAGCCCUCAUCCAUGGCAACUCAAAACCCUACCACCAUGGAAGCUGGAACAGACAAGGUGGAAGCUCAGAGGGUGGAGUUGAACCGCAUAAUUGAUACACGAUUUCAAGCUAUUCAGGAGCACUUAAGGGUUGAGCUGUCCAGUUUCAAAGACGAGGUGAUGGAGGCUCUUGAUCCCCGCAGAUCCGCUCCUAUGGUGGAUCAAACCCCAGGGUUAUCUUCAAUCCAUGGACAAGACGUUCAAAUUCCAAGCGAGGAGGAGCAUGUGAAGAUCGCUGGAGAUUCCGAUGGAGUAAAGACGGCCCCAAAAGUUGAGGUUGAAAUCAAUCAAGUGCCUGCUGAUACAAGUGAUGAAGACGAGAUUCCUGAGAGCGACUUCUUUGAUAGCUUUUGUCAAGGAAACCAUUACCAAUACGAUACUGCUCCUGCAUCUGUGACAAUAUGCAACAUAUGCCAUCUUGAUAUUGAAGCUGGUCAAGGCUGGCAAUGUGAGGUUUGCCCAGAAUAUGAUGUCUGUAUUGCUUGUUAUCAGAAGGACGGUGGAGUUGAUCAUCCUCAUAAGUUGACUAAUCAUCCAUCCAUCGCUGCACAAAAUAAAAAAGCUCGGCUGCGCCUGCUACGUGCUUUACAGCUUAGGAAAGUGCUUGAACUUCUGGUGCAUGCUUCACGAUGCCGUACUCCUAAAUGCCUGUAUCCUAAUUGUCGCAAGGUUAAAGGGCUUUUCCGACAUGGGAUCCAGUGCAAAAGAGGAGCUUCUGGGGGUUGUCUUCUCCGUAAGAAGAUGUGGUAUCUUCUUCAGCUUCAUGCCCGGGCAUGUCAAGAAUCUGUUGGAUGUCAUGUUCCACGGUGCAGGGAUUUGAAAGAACAUCUAAGGCGGCUACAACAACAGGCUGAAUUACGGCGCCUAAUGGAGAUGAUGCGACAGAAUGCUGCAUGAUGAAGUUGUACAUAUGCAUGCCACUGUGUUCUCAGUACAUGGUAAGCUCUGGUAAUGGAGAAAACUGGCAUGGGUGUGAAGGCUGUAGCCUGUAGGUAGGGGGCAUAAGAAUUUGCAUGUGCUUGAAUUUUGCUUCAUUUGUUUGUGUUUCUCUUGAUUUGCCCUCUUUAGUGGACAAUUGUGUCAUAAAGAGUCACCUUAUGAUAGACCUUCUUCACAUAUGUAGAAGUGAUCAAAUCAGUUAAAGAAACUGCCUUCCUACCACUUAAA